AGAACUGGAGGCGGAUCUUCCUUUCAUCCCCUUGUUCUCAUUGGUUCAUGUUGUCGGGUGUCACAAAAAAAUCCCGGUUUGAGCCACAUUGUUGGCGAAAUGUACGUCGGCUAGUGCAAACUAGCGUUAAAUCGACCGUGAUUUUUCACAAAAGUAUGAUGUUCGCUCGUCUUUAACUUGGAUUGCAGUCAGGAAUACUUAACGUGCGCGUUGCGCAACGGGAAGACGUGCAGUCUCACAAAGGAAGGCUACAGCAGCAGGAAGCCAAGCACGACGAGUGCCUGACCAACAGGGAAAGACUGACCAUGGUGACCGGACUGAGUUUGUUUGUGGACCGUGCACACACAUUUUAGGGUCUUGGGAAAUCAGCUAAAAUGUUCUCUCUGAUAUGUAGUGCGAGUGAGAACUAAUCCUUGGACCUCUUAAAGAACACCAAGAUGGCUCAAGGAUGGAAUCCACUCUUAUCAAACUCCGAUUCCAUAUAACCUAGCCUGAACUUCUAGCGGAACUAUGGAAAAUAACGAAAUUGAAAUGGAAUCUGAGAGCUUUGCUCAUGAUAUUGAAGAGCUAAUUGAGAAGGAGAACCUUGCCGAAAUGAUGGACUUGCAAGACAUUGAUGAAUCUGACAUAAAUGAUUUGAACACGGAGUCAGAUUCACUGCAGGACACAUGCUUUGAAUCAUCCUGGCAAGGAGUAAUAAAUUCGGCUGACAUUAAACAAGACAAGACAUGGGAUAAGAGAGAAUGUAAUGGUAGCAUGACACCAUGUCACUUGCUUAACCCAGGAGAAGGUAACAUGACACCAUGUCACUUGCUUAACCCAGGAGAAGGUAACAUGACACCAUGUCACUUGCUUAACCCAGGAGAAGGUAACAUGACACCAUGUCACUUACUUAACCCAGGAGAAGGUAACAUGACACCAUGUCACUUGCUUAACGCAGUGGAAGUUGAGGCUAUGUUGGAAGCACAUUCUGACAAUGCAGUAUUAAAACCCGCUUUGACAAAUAACAGUCAUUAUUCUGAUAUCAGCAGCUGCUCUGAAACAGAAGCAACUCUUGAUUGUAAUUUAAUUUCUUCAGUCAAAGUUAACAUGGGUGGCGACCAGCCUGGUCAGUCAUCAGAGGAUGGGGAACAACAUUCAAGUAACAUGCCUUUUUCCAAAGCUGAUGUCUGCAGUGCUGCUGAUGAGGCAAAUAUCAAUGCAACAAAUCAACAGCAAGACACUGUUCAAAUUACAACUCCAAUGGCCAUUGUCGAGAGCAAAGAAAAUAAAAAUAGUGAGGGUAGUGAAUGGAGAGAUGGAUCACUUUCCACAAAUGUGGAGGAUACAUUUUCAGAAGUUAAAGGUGUGGGAGAUUUAAAUAGUGUGGAAGGCCAAACAGUUAAUGUUCUUGAAUCUGGAUGUUCUGUGGAUCAACCCAUGAUGAAUUGCAAAGAUCCUGGUAGCUCUCUGGAAGAGUCCACUUGUACCUUGAAUAACACAAAUAGUGAUACCUCAUCUUUUUCAACUGGGGAUGAAAAUAAAUGCCCAACCACGGAUUCAAAAGAAUGCUUCCUCUUCGACCAAAAGAAAGUUGAUCUUGAAAACACAUCCUUGAAACCUGAGACACUUUUGAUAUCUACCAAUGGAGACGAUUCAUUAGUUGGCUGGCAGUUGGAAGAAGAAAAAACACAGCCUGAAAACACCUCCACAACACCUGAAUAUGGAAAGACAUUUGACUUGUCUGGUUAUGAAAAGUCACAUCAGUUUGAUAAACAGAAAAGCGUAACUUCCAAUGAUGAACAAGUCGUUGAGCGGAGCAGUUUUGGAUUCCUUGAAUCUUGUUUUGGUUUGAAAGGUUUAGACCAAAACAUUGAGGAACGCCUGGAACAUGCACAAGUAGACCAAUCUGGUGAAACUGGUAUUAUGCCUGUUGAGAAUGUGACCGAGAUCCCUCAAGACAGUCUGCUUUAUCACACUGAACCACCAGUUCUUCUAAAAUCUGUCUUUGAAUCUCACAGUGAAAAUAUUGGUGUUGAAGCAGACACAUCAAAAGAUCCACCCGUACUCAGUACUUACCAGACAUCCAAGACCUCUUUCAAGACACAAAAGAGAAAACUGCAGCCUGUUGUUCUCCUUAAAACAACUGAACAGAGGGGUUGUGACGGACAGAAUUAUCAUUGUUUUGCAUGCCAAGAGUCAACACAAACAUUAGAUGAGCUGAUUGAGCACUGCAAUAAUGUACAUUCUUUGGACAAAGUUCAAUAUUGUCCAACUUGCGAGUGUUAUUUUUCUGGUGACACUAUAGUAGGGCACUUCUGUGAAAAAUUCAAACUGAUGGAUCAUUCAAACUCCUCACCUGUAUACCCCAAAGGGCUCACAGAGGAAAAAAUUAGGUUCGUAUGUAGAUACUGUGGGAAACCCUUUUAUCGACAGACGUAUUAUGAGGAACAUGAGCAAAGGCACAGACUUGUCACACAGCAUAGAUGUGAGUGUUGUGGAUUAUACUUUCCUAGUUUUCAAAAAUGUCAAAGCCACAAAAAGAAAAAGAACUGUCUACCUUUGAUUCUGGAUCCUUCUUUACAGACGGAAGACAACUCAGAAUCAGCUGUCAAAACGCUAAAAACAGAGGACUUGAUCUUGGACACAGGUGUCUCCAAUAUAGAACUCUGUGAUUGUUAUGUGAAACUUGUAGAUGUAUCCAAGCAACAAGAGUCACCAAGUAAAAUUGAUUGUCACAUUUGUGGGAAAAGUUUUAGACUCCGGGCACAAUUGAAAUCACAUCUUAUGUCGCACUCAGAAGAAAAGCCCUUCAAGUGUGAGAACUGUGAAAAAGAUUUCAAGUAUUCCUGGAAUCUUACCAAGCAUAAAAGAGAAGCAUGCCCUCAAAGUAUCGUCCCAUCAAAAAAAUCAUCAGAUACUGAUAGCAAUCUUCCAGCCAAGUUCAAAUGCCCCAUCUGUUCUCAUAUGUUCAAGUACUUCUACAAUCGAGCUCGCCAUUUACGUGAACAUUGUCUCAAGGAAUACAUGCAUAAAGGCAAAGGAAAAAUUGGUGACAAGUAUUGGUGCCCUUUGUGUAAGGAAAAAUUUACUCUGUCCGGUAACCGCAAUAGACACAUAAAGAACACCUGCAUUAAGCUAAAACUGUAUACAGCAAAAGGGAAAAUGAAAGAAAAACCUGAGAAGGAGAUCACAACCAAUGUGGAUUUGCCGUUGACUCGACCCAUUCAAAAUUUGGCACGUUACAAAUGCCCUUUUUGUCCAGCUACAUAUAGCAGCAAGUCUGGUUACUACACCCAUCUUGCAAAGCAUAAAUUGCUCGCAAACAACAAAAAGGCGAUUAAAUUCAAUAAUAAAGAUGUAGAUUUGAAAAGUUCAAGGACAGAAUCUGCUGACAACAACGAAAACGCUCCUAUCACUUGUCGCUUUUGUGGGAGAAUCUUCACAUCACUUCUCAUAUUGGAUAAGCACUUACAAAUUCAUAAAGGAAACAGACCUUUUCGCUGUUUAGACUGUGGUAAAAAUUUUGCAAGGCAUGCACACUUGAUUGCUCACAAAAAUGUACAUAAGCGAAAAAUACAGUGUUCAGUCUGUCAGGAAGUUCUACCAUCUAUUGGAGAUUGGUUAAAACACAGACAGUCCCAUCCAGAAAAAGGCACACUUAAGUGUCCUGAAUGCCCAAUGCAGUUCAAGUUUCCUGUGUUUCUUCUGCGACAUGUAGUUGUGCACGAGAGAAAACGCAAACCCCUGCAGGCCAAGACUACAACUGAACAUUUGAAAAAAAUGUAUAAAGAGGAGUUCCAAUGUGCUGUCUGCCAAAAAUCCUUUGCUGAUUCAAAGGCACUAAGCAAGCAUUGUUUAACCCACAAGCCUGAACGUUGUGCGUCCAAAUGUCAGUUCUGCAAACGACGUUUUUCAAAUCGAACUGGGCUGGUUCGCCACAUCCGCCUUCACACUGGUGAAAAGCCUUUUCCAUGUGGAAAAUGUGGAAAGCACUUCCAUAGACAUGAAGCUGCCAAAGUGCAUCGUGAUAAGUGUACAGGGGUGCCACAAUUGCCUGCUUUGCAGAAGUCAAAUGCUAAGCAAGUUCAGGAUGAUGACACCGCAGUGACUGCAUCAGACAAGGCCAACAAACCAUAUAAUUGCUCAUACUGCCCACAGUCAUUUCGAUUUUCCAACAAUUUGAAAGGCCAUGAAAGAGCCCACUUAGCAAAAACAGUUUUCCCAUGUCCAAUGUGUGGGAAGUAUUUCAGAAAAAGAAAACUUAAAGAUCACACUAGUUUCUGCCAAGGUAAAGAGUUUCCUGCUUGCCGAAAAUGUGGGAGAACUUUCAUCAGGCAAAACUACAGAAAUGGCCAUGAAAAACACUGCCCGGGUAACUUGCCGAAAGAAACCAAAAUAAAAGUCAAAAUUAAGCUGCAGUGUCCACAAUGCUUUAAAUUCUUUAGAUAUAGAAGUUAUCUCCUCAGACAUCUUUCUGUUCAUUCAAGGGAAAAACCAUUUGCAUGCAUGCAUUGUGGAGAGAAAUACAAAAGUCAGCAGCGCUGCCUGCAACAUGAGGCUUUUUGUGAUGCCGUGACCAAGGAACAAACACUGGAAAAUUCAAGUGGAUCAGGAAACACCAAUUUAAUGUAUGCUGAAGUUAAAAGCGAGGAAGAGGUCAAGGUGGUCCCAGGAGAAAACAGUGAUGAAUUAAAGUGCAAAUUUUGCACAAAAUCAUUUUCAAGGCCAAGAUAUCUACGUCGCCACAUCCUCACCCAUACAGAGGUCAAGCCAUAUCGGUGCAAGACCUGUGAAGGUUGUUUCUCACGCUAUGAUCAUUUGAAACUUCACCAAAAUCGCUGCAAAGGAAAGCGUCGACUUGAGGUGCGAGUUGUAAAGGUGAGUGUAGACAGGAUGGAUACAAACUGCCAAAACGAAAUUCAGCAGGAAAACGAGUUUCAGUGCAAAAUUUGCUCUAAGCAGUUGUCCACCUCGAGCGACCUGAAGCGUCAUAUGUCCAUGCGACAUAUAACCGACAAACCUUUUCCCUGCAAGCGAUGUGGUCAAACCUACAGUACCAAAAAGUCUUUAGCAAGACAUAACCUCAUGGUCAAAUGCAAGAGAGUUUCGAAGGAGAGUGUGCAGCCGCCCAAGAACAAUGUUCAAGACCAACCAUGCAGAGAAACAUCUAAACUUCUGCAACGUAUACAGGUGCACUACAUGAAUAAAUUCAAAUACCAAUGCAAGUUUUGUCCCCGCCGCUUUAAACAGCUCGGACAACUGACAGUGCAUACACGUCUUCACACAGGGGAGAAACCUUAUGGCUGUGCCGACUGUGGGGAGCAUUUUAUCAGAAGAGACUACCUGAAACGACACUUGGUUAAAUGCAGUGCAAAAGCAGACAGACAAAUAAAAGUACUUUGUGACAAGUGUGGUGACUUGUUUACCCAGGAAGCAUUGCUUAUACACCAAAAGACCUGUGUUGUUAGCUCAAAAUCAUCUGGUUCCUCUGAGAAGGCCAAAAAGGACAGCCCAGCCAAGAUAAAAGGUUUCUCUUGUGCUAACUGUAGCGACCGUUUUUUGUUGUUCUCGCAGCUUCAACAACAUUUCUUAACAAAGCACAGAUCUGAUCAAGGGCAACAGCCGCUGGAAUUACGUCCCAUGCAAAUGGUCAAGCAUGAAUCAUGUGAUGAACAGAGCCAGCCAAGUAGCAGUCACCUACCUGCCAAAGAGCAUCUUAACAAUUCAAUCAAGAUACUGGACAAACCUCUUAAAUGCUUGCAUUGCCACAUGCGGUUUUCCAACAAAGCUGGACUGGGUAUGCACAUGCGCAUUCAUACCGGAGUCUACCCUCUUUCUUGCAAAAAAUGUAACGUUGGUUUUUGGAGCAAAAAGACAAUGGAGAAGCACAGAAAAAGAUGUUCUGGUCACAAAAUUGUCAUCAAACAAAAUGAGACUACCACGGAAAGUGCAUGGGAAUUAGACUCCACUUCAGCUGACACAGUUUUAGUCUUUAAUAAGGGUUCUAAUACAACAGGAACUGGAGUGCUGCAGACAAAGUUCUCAUGUAAAGAUCAAGAAAAUGGUGACAUGGCUCUUAACAAGUAUCAGUGUUCUGAGUGCGAUCAGAGUUUUACAGAUGGACUUCGACUCAUCAGUCAUUUGGAGGAACACGGUCGUGAGGAUCAAGAGCGUCGAUCAGGUGAUGUGCACCGUUGCCAUAUUUGCAGUAAAGUGUUCGGCCAAGCAGGUGUUUUGCAGAGGCAUCUGAAAACCCAACAUGAGAAUAAAAAGACACACAGCUGUCCAACAUGUUCUAAGAAUUUUCGAUGCCCUGCUGAUUUGGACCUCCAUAAAGUCUUUCAUGACCCCAGUCGUCCCUUUGUCUGUAACACAUGUUCAUUGAGGUUUUGGACUACUAGAGCCAUGACAAUUCACCAAAAACUUGUUCAUUCAGUCAAGGACCCAUGUAAUUCAAAAGAAUCUAGCGUUAAAUCACAAACUGAAGUGUACAAGUGUGAGCCAUGUGACAAAGUCUAUACAGUGAAAAAGUCAUACAUGAAGCACUGCAAAACGAAACAUAAAGAGGAUUCCGUCAAAACAAUUCCUGAUAAUGAGUCAUCUGGUAAUCAAGAGUCGGAUAACGAUCAAUCCAACCACAAUUUUGAGGAUGGUGACAGCGAAAACGACUCUGAUUCAGCGCCAUACUUUCCUUGCCAUGUUUGCGGUAAAACAUUCUUAACAUCAGAGAAACUUGAGGAUCACCAACGAUGUCAUCUUGGUGAAAAACCUUUUGAGUGUGAGGAAUGCGGUAAAUGCUUUUUUCAGUUGGUAAACCUGCAACAGCAUAGGCGUAGCCACAAAUCUGAGUUUCAGUGUCAGAUGUGUGGCAAAGGGUUCGUCUCCCUAUUUGCCCUGCGUAAACACAAGCAGUCUCAUGUCAGAAAUACACCUCACAAAUGCACAAAGUGUCACCUGAGCUUCACUCGAUCAGCAGAACUAGCCGAGCACAUGGUCACGCACCGUGAUGAAAAUUUUCCAUGUGAUCUUUGUGACGAAACAUUUUCUUGCAAAACAAGUCGGGCCGAACAUCGCAAGAUGCACACGGAGCAAGAGGAAGACCUUCCUCCUUUGAUUCCACCCGGUGAUUCUCAAACAAUGCAGAUGACUUCUGCUGUGUCUAGUGGAAACCUUUCCAGUAAUGUUGAGCAGUACAAAUAUCGCUGUGGAAUUUGUCAAGUGAGAUUUCCAGACCCAGAGCAGCUCUCUGAACAUGGAUGCAGUCCAGCAAAAGAUAGACCAUACUCGUGUCCAGAAUGUAACAAGCAUUUCUUACACGGUCCUCAUCUAAAAAAGCAUCAGCUUAGUCAUCAGUUGUCGGCCCGGCGAUCUUAUCAGUGUAAGCGUUGCAGCAUGAGUUUCAGUCACCACCAUCAUUAUCUUACUCAUAUACGAAGCCAUGAGGAUAAGGAGUCAUCUGAAGGCACAAACGUUUCGGGUAGUGAAAAGGUGAUUCAAGCUGGAUUUGCAAAGCUUGACAGAAUUUACCAAUGCCCCAUAUGUCCUGAGAGUUUCUACCAAGCUAUGGAUUUAGCAAAUCACCUCUCGGUUCAUUCUCAUCUGUGCACGGUCUGCAAUACGACGUUUCCCUCAAAAGAAGACCUUGCGGAGCAUGAAAAAUGCCAUUUGACUGCUGCUACCCAGUAUGAAUGCACUGAAUGCGGCGACAGUUUUCUUGGGAGCGAUGCUUUCCGCAAACACCAGUGUCGCAAUCGCAAAUUACCGUUUUCAAACAAGUCAUCGAUCUCCCCCUUCCUCAAAAAGCAACGUUCUGAGAGACGAUUCGAAACUGUAGAUAAUGAUGAAGAGGAGGAGGAGGUUGAUGUUGGGGAAGACUUCAUUAAGUGCACCAUUUGUCAAAAACGGUUCUCCUCCAAUAAGUGUUUAGCGGAGCACCAGAAAACGGAACAUCCUGAACGUCCUUUCAAAUGCCUGGUUUGUGGGAAAGGCUUCACAAAGAAACGGUACCUCACGCAGCACCAACAAAUUCACAGCGAACGGCCUUACAAGUGUAAUGCCUGCCCAGAAUCCUUUAAAACGGAAACCGCUUUACUAUGUCAUCGUAAAAUGCAUGACACAAACCGACAACACCAGUGCUUGAUAUGCAACAAAUCCUACUUUACAGCUAAUGAACUUAACAAACAUCAACGGAAGCAAGGACAUCACACUUUGAAUAAAGACAGUGAGGAGUACCGGUGUGAUAUGUGCUGUAAAUCCUUUAGCAUGUUUUCUCAGCUGACAAAGCACCAGGAAACGCACGUAGGGCAAGUUAUCUAUGAAUGCACAGAGUGUGACAAAGCCUUUGCUUUUUUGAGUCUUUUGGAGGAACAUCAGAGAACUCAUGCUGUUGCUACAGAAUCUCUACAGCCCCAACCUUCCACCCAUUUUCCUUUUCAAAGCCCGGUUAAUGAAUAAAGGGCAGGUUUUUGAUGACUUAAUGUCCUGCAGUGCAGGUUAUUCAAAAUCAUUCAAUUUUCUGAACGAUAUUUAUGGCAGACAUACUGUAUAUUAUUGUUCUUUUAUUUAGGCCUGACUGCUUUUAUCCACUAUUGGUGUUUUACCCUAGUUCUGAAACAGUCUGUUAAUGUUUCUACAGUUUCUACUGUUUUAUAGUUCUGUGAACUGCUCACUUUUUUGUUCUGUUUGUACAGUACUCAGACUUGAGUUGUAUAUUGAAUUUAUGCAAUCUACAUGAUGUAUGAUAUUCUAGGUGUAUUUGCAUGAAUAAGGUUCUAUUAGAGUGCAAAGAUGAACCACAAUAAGAUUAUAAAUAAAACCUUGCAUAAUUUUUCAUUGUUAAUAUAGUUUUGGGCUUUGUUACAUUUACCUGAUGUCUAUUUUUAAACAUCAUUGGAAAAAUCUGUUUUAAAAACAUCCUUGAAAAACAUUUGAAAUUUUAAUUACCUCUAAAUGUAAAGUAUUUUUUUCUAGCCAUGUGUGUCUCCAAACAUUAGCAAACAAAAGGUUUAUGAUAACACGUUAAUCUGGUAUGAAUACCAUUUUGAGUUUCAACUGUAAUGUUGAAGAAUUCAGAUUUAAUUUUUUAAUGAGAAGUCUUUCGUAGCUUUCCUCCAGAACACUUUUCACAAGGACCUUUAUAAAGGACGCAGAAUAUUGCAUUGUUUGCUUUUGAGUUUAAAACAACAGUAGUGCUUAUAUAUAGCUAUGAAAAGCUUAUGUUCAAUUUUCUUUUGUAUUGUAUAGCAAUGUUUCAAUGUUCACAUUUGUUUAACAAGCAAAUAAAUUCUUUGACUUUGAAUUAA